AUGCUUAUGGACUGGAGUAUCGAGAUUUUUGUGAUGAAUAUAUAUGGUAGUUGGUGCCAGGUGGUACACCUAGUACAGUUGGUCGUGGAGAACAGGUAUCUUGUAUUGAUUGUAUUGGCUAUUGAUGAUUCAAAAAUGCAAAGAGAAACAGCGGCAGGGCCGCCGGUGCAACUCGAGCCAGUGGACCUGUCGGUGAAGACGCCCGUGGUGCUGCAGGUGCCGCGCUAUAAUCCGGCAGCGCUGAUAGCGGUCGCCGCGGCGGCAGCGGCGCGCAAACCAUCCUCCCCUGCCUCCACGGCGACGCCCACGACGACGAGCACGAGGACGACACCGCCGACGCAGCCGCUCCCGCCCUCCAUCUGCGUGUCCACAGUGUCGCCGAGCCUGCCACUGGCCGACAUGGCCCGGCAUCAGCACCACCACCAGGAGCCGGCGGAGCGCGCGCGUCGAAGCUCGGCCGUGGGGACGACGCCGGCGUUGGCGGCCGGGGCGAGCGCCCAGGUAAACAGCAGGCACCAGCCCAACAGCCAACAGCAGCCGGUUGUGGUGGUCAACUGCGCGGACAGCAGGCCGGCCGAGAGGAACGACGCGCUCACGAGGACGACGGCGCGCCACAGAUGCCGGGAACGCCAGCCUGCGUCCAUAUGCUCGAUAGAGCCGCCCGAUCCGGUCUUUGUUUCCUCCUCCGCGGCACUGCUCGCCCUCCAAAAGAUCAAGGAGGCUACCAUGGUGUUCCACAACAAACGGCCAGCGCUGACGCAGGGCAUCGGCCUGAGCAGCAGAGCCAACAACGCCGGGGCGAACGUAGGCGGCAACGGGACCAGCCUCGGGAGCGCCAACAGCGUCGACAACGACUGCGGGGACGCCCUCAAACGGCGCAAGGUACACAGGUGCGACGUGGCAGGCUGCGACAAGGUAUACACCAAGAGCUCGCACCUCAAGGCCCACAAGAGGACCCACACCGGCGAGAAGCCGUACCAGUGCACAUGGGAGGGCUGCUCGUGGAAGUUCGCGCGCUCGGACGAGCUGACGCGGCACUACCGCAAGCACACCGGCCAGAAGCCGUUCAAGUGCCAUCUCUGCCAGCGCUCGUUCUCGCGCAGCGAUCACCUCUCGCUCCACAUGAAGAGGCACUGAUGCCGCUGCCCAAGGGGACCGUCCCGGCUGCCGGGAGCACGGGGACACGGACGACCCCCUCCCCAAGCAAGAAGCAC